ACUCUAUGUCGCCAGCAAUAUUUUCAAAGAAAAGUAGAGGACAUGAAAACCAUACCUGGCCUUUCUGCAAUCUGUCUGAAGGGCACUUAAGAGCUACUCCAACCUGGGAAAUAACAAUGGAAGAACAAGAUUGAUCCAGACUAGAGUCGGCCAGAACACACAAUCUUCAUGGGAAAAGGCCUCAAAGGACUUCUUGAUGUUGAUAGACUGUUCCGCUUUGUUGCAGUGACCCCUAGCCUACAAGACCUUCAUGAACUAGAUGUUUGUGUUCAGUUUAUGCAUUUUGGUGAAUUGUGCAACUGCUAAACCUAUAUCUGUAAACUCACUAUGCCAUUUUUAUCAAACCAAUGUUGGUAGUGGUAGGUCUCCCAGGUUUUGUUUCAAGACAAAAGCUAAGCUUUCUGCUGAAACAAAUAUAGUUGAGAAAGAAUCAACAUGUGUCAAUGAGAAGAUCGAUUAUGGAGUUGUUAGUGUUCACCAUGUUGGAGUGCUGUGUGAUAACCUUGAACGGUCUCUUGAAUUUUAUCAGGGAAUCUUAGGGCUUGAAAUAAAUGAAGAAAGGCCACAUGAUAAACUUCCCUAUAGGGGUGCCUGGUUGUGGGUGGGUUCUGAAAUGAUCCAUUUGAUGGAGCUUCCCAAUCCUGACCCCUUAACUGGACGACCUGAACAUGGUGGCCGGGAUCGACAUACUUGCAUUGCCAUUCAGGAUGUGUCCAAGCUAAAAGUGAUCCUUGAUAAAGCUGGUAUUCCAUAUACACUUAGCCGGUCUGGGAGGCCUGCCAUAUUUACACGAGAUCCAGAUACAAAUGCUCUAGAAUUCAGUCAAGUGGAUGGCUGACAUAUUCCAGUCUCAAUAGAGUAGAAACUUGUAAUAUCAUUUAGAUGCGAAGUUAGUAUCACAAUACAGGUUGCAAAUGUUGAAAGUGCAGAAUAUGCCAUUACAUUCUCUAUCUUUCUGCAGAUUAUGAAAACUGGGUUUAGAAACGACUCUUUCAUAAGGAAAGCAACUAUCUACUAAUUAUGCA